CCCUCACUCAUUCAUGACCUCGGAUGGAUGACGUAGGAGAAUCCAACGUGCCCACUGCCGUAGGCAAUUACUGGAUGCUUUGGUAUUUAAGGCACACUGGGAGCAAUGGACCGGCACUCUCUCAGUCGCUCCGACUCGGGAACCAGAGCAUCAGCGGAGAUAGCAGGCUAAGGCUUUACUUCGCCCUCUUUAGCUAACUCGCUUUGGGCUUUGGUUCAGGAUGGAAACCUCUUCGAUUUCUCGGAGCCGACGAUGCUCCAUCGUGCGCAACUGCAAAAGCGGUCUCUCCCUAUGGUUGGUGGUGUGGCUGGUCCUCGGCAAGCCAAGUCCGGCAUCGGCGUGCCCGCAUCUGUGCGUGUGCUACCCGACGCCCAUGACUGUGAGCUGCCAGGCGCAGAACUUCACCGCCGUUCCUGUCGGAGUGCCCUAUGAGUCGCAGCGCGUGUUCCUCCAAAACAACCGGAUCACGGAGCUUAGAGUUGGCUCUUUCGGCUUCGGAACUCAGGUUCUGUGGCUGUUCUCCAACAACAUCACGUGGAUUGAGGCCGGUGCUUUCAGUGAGCUGAGGGACUUGGAGGAGUUGGACCUGGGGGAUAACCCUAACCUCCACAGGCUGGAGGGGGGAGCCUUCCGAGGACUCGAGAAGCUUCAGAGCCUCCACAUGCACCGCUGCCGGCUCACGGCCCUGCCCCAUGACAUCUUCCACAAGCUUUACAGCCUGCAGUUCCUCUAUCUGCAGGAAAAUAAUCUCCACUUCCUGCAGGAUGACAUCUUUUCUGACCUCAUCAACCUGAGCCAGCUUUUCCUGCAUGGCAACCGUAUCCGCACCCUCUCAGAGAAUGUGUUCCGUGGCCUGGUCAACCUCGACCGCCUUCUCCUCCACGACAACCGCGUCAAGCAGGUGAACCGCAGAGCCUUCCGUGACCUCGGCCGUCUCACCAUGCUCUUUCUCUUCAACAACACCCUGGCGGAGCUGCCCAGUCAGGCCCUGAGGGACACCCAGGGAAUCGAGUUCCUCCGUCUCAAUGCCAACCCCUGGUCCUGUGGCUGUGAGGCCCGCCCACUGUGGGAGUGGUUCCGUGAGGCACGCGUCUCCUCCUCUGAAGUAAUCUGCGCCUCUCCUUCUAAUCGCCGUGGCCAGGACCUCCGCUUCCUCCGUGAGAUGGACUUCGCCCUCUGCCCUUUGCCAGAUCCCGGCUCUAUCGCUGGCUCCACCACCACCACCUUCAGCACCAAGACCCGCUGGUGGUUUCACAAAAACAGGCCCCAGUCGUCCACGAAAGGCAUCUUUGAGAAAGCAUCAGAGACUGUCAAGGCUGGUUUGUAUGGGAAAGGCCCAUCCACAACCACUUCAGUAGUCAAGUAUGAGCUGGGGGAGGAAGAACUGGCACUGCCCAAACUUGACCCAGAAGAGUACUGGGCAAACUACGGCAACGAGGACUCAGGGGUCACUCUGCGGUGCUUCGAGCUUGAAUGUCCACCUGAGUUCGACCUGCCUCCAUCUUCCUCCUCUCCCUCAUCCCGCUCGCGAAUCUCAUUACUAGCCCUUUCUGUUUUCAGCCUCUACAUCAACCUCCACCUGCUAUUCGGCUGAAUGAGACUCUUAGUGCUACCCCAGUUCCUUCCGGCCUGUUUUAAAGGCUGUGAGGACCCCUGUAAGACUCUCUAUACCCCCUUUGCCCGCUUUGCUGUGAGCCGAUCCUCAAAGGCACAGCCAGGGAGAUUGGGGGAUGGUUAGAUUCUGAAUCUGCCACUACAGGGCUUAACACAUUUCAGGGCUGCUAAGAGUGCUUCAGCUAAGGUCAUAUAUAUAAUUACAGUACUCUACAGGUAUGGCUUUCUGUGUCUCACCUGUAUGAUGUCAUGGUUCCCUGCAAUCAGGGCUACGAGGGCUGACUCCAUCUCUAAUAUCAAUGAGAUUUGAUAGCAGUUGUGAAUGAUGUUGUCAAGUCAACUUAGAUAAAACUACUAGUGCUAUAAGUGCAUCCAAUUAACUGGCUGUCACGAGUACAAUUACUGUUAUAUUCAGUGCACAGUAAUGACGAUACUGUAAUCACUUAAAGUGUACAUGUACAUAGAUCUGUAUUCUGUGAGUGUUUGAUCUGACAUAUGUGAUGCAGCACAAUCCCAUUCAUCAUUACCCAGGAAAACUGUGAAGGCUAGUGUUUCUACAGGACAGAGCACAAUGCAGUGAGACUGAAGGUAAAUGAGGAGAAACUAUACUGCAGCCUGACGGGAUGUCAGAGAGAAAGAGAACGCGGAAAGCAGGGAUGUCAGAGAAGACCAGACAGUGACAAGGAGAAUGAGAGUGGGAGGAGGGGAAAGGGUUCCGAACAAACAGGAUUAGUAAGAGGAAGAUAUCAAAGCAGAGAAAGUAUGGGGGACAUUUUAAUGCAGCAAUAAGAGAAGACGGUAGAAGACAGAAGGCAGUAGGAAAAAAGACAGUGCUGGCAGUAGAAGCAGCAACCUGCUGGUGAAAAGUAAUAAAUCCACUCAUGUUGUUCCUCCAUCCAUCGCACCCUCCACCAUUUUCUGUAAAUACGGUGUUGUUUGCGACACCCCCGCAGGAAACAAAUGCUUCCUAUCAGGAAGCCAGAGAUUUUUUUUGGUUUUUGAAUGUCUUUCUGUGACAUAUUGACAUAAUGUGUAAAAAGAUUGUUGACUUUAAUGCAGAUGAACAUCUAGAUAAAAUUGUUUACUAAAUAUUUCCUGAAACUUGCUGUCUAUCAUGAUUUCCUUUGGGGUAAUCUAUUACAGGGGAUUUUAUUUUUUUUUUUUAAACUAAGUGAAAUGUACAGUGCUCUAUGUGGUCACUUUCCUCACAAACGAUCACCAAUGUCAGACAAGAUGGGCAAACACAAAAAUCCUCCUAAAGGGAGCAGAUUGCUGCCGUGUGAAUAAUCUGUGAAAAGCUCACAGGACUCACAGGACUGACCACAUGGACCCAAUGUCACAGCCAGAGGCGACUCAGACUGGCUCUGGCUGCGAUGGACAUCUGUGUGUGUUUGAGUGUGUGUGUGUGUUUGUGUGAGAGAGAGAGAGAGAGAGAGAGUGGCUAAAUGAGGAUGAAUGGAUUCACAAGCUGGCAACACUGCAAAAGGCAAAUACGUCAUUAGGUUUAUCACUCCACUGAGUCAAUCCUGGGUGAUGCCAGAUGGACCAAAGAGGUGCAAAUUGAUUUUUAAAUACACCAAGAGAGCACUGAAAGAGUUUGGAGCUGGAGAAAGCAACAGGCAGAGGAACAGCAGACUGAGAUGAUGUGAAGGUAUAGAGAAGUGGCCUGCACUUCAGCAUCAGCACAAGUGUUCAGCAGCAGGAGAAAUGCAAAAUAAGGAAGACAGAGGAAGUUACCAAAUACAGGCACACUCUAGUCAGCAGCAAUAGCAGCAUUUCUCAACCCCUCCCUCUUCCAAUCGAGUUUCCACAUCACCAUGUAGGAAGGAAAGUGAAUAGCAGCUCCUGCCUUGUUUUUCUCUAACGCUGUCUCAAUCUCUCAAGGACAGAGAAAGGAUGAAAAAACAGCCUCUGUAGAGGUGAUCAGGGCAAGACCAAGAUGUAGUAGGAGUGAAAGAGUAGGAGGUAAUUUAAGUGAAGGACAGAGAGAAAGAGAGAGAAAGAGAGAGAUGUUCUCAUAGUCAGUUAACCUGGCCUUAACAGGAACAAGAUUACAAAAAGAUCAAAUGUUUUUUUUCCCUCUAUUUAUUUUUGAGAAUUAGAGAAAAUGACUACUCCUUUUUAGGUCAGUGAAAGUUUUUAUGAAGAAUAUGUCUGGGAAAUAUUCAGUGUCAAAUAUUUAGAUGUUCUUCACAGAGUCUUGUGGAGGAGGUCAAACUGAGCCAGGGUGCUCUUCAGUGGCCAUGACAGUGAGGUCACUGUCAGAUGACCAAAGUGCCAGUUAUACCAUUUUCCAUGUUUCUUUGUUCAGUCCGUCACUGUGCAUGUGUGUGUUUUGUAUCUGAGAAAGAAAUGAUGAUUAUAUAUAUGACAGAUUGGCUUAUUUGUUAUUUUUACUGUGAGAGAAGCGUAAAGAAAAAAAUAAAUUCAUACUUGUUUUAACAAAA